GGUGCGCUGUGUCCCUCGGACACAGUGGAUCACGGAAAGAGCCAAAGAUGUCGGCUUGAUCAUGUGAUCAGCUGUGUCCAAUCACAGCUGACCACAUCUCGAGAGGAGAGGAGAGCCGGUAAUCAGUUUUCCACGGAGCGGACAUGUACACAGUGUGCCCUGAUGAUCAGUGUAGCCCCAGCAGUGCCUUGUGUCAGUGCCCAUCAGUGCCACAUCAAUGCGACAUAUCAGUGCCUACCAGUGCACAUCAAUACCACAUAUCAGUGCCCAUCUGAGCUGCCUUUCGGUGUCACCCAUCAGUGCCACCUAUAAAUGCCAAUCAGUGCUGCCAAUCAGUGCUGCCAAUCAGUGCCGCCUAUCAGUGCCGCUUAUCAGUG